CCCGCCCCCCCCCACCCCCGGGCCGUGAUGUCACGGGGCCGGGCCGGGCCCAGCCGCCGCGGGACCCGACAGCCCACGCCUGCAGCCAUGGAGGAGAGCCCAGAUUGGGCCACCCUUAGCCCCCAGGAGUUUGCCCAACUGCAGAAAUACCUGGACUACAGCAGCCGGAAGGUGCAGGACGUGCUGCGGGAUUUCUAUCACGACGGGGCCCUGUCGCGACACCGCCAGGGAGAGUGCGUCGACUUCGAGGGUUUCACACUGUUCCUGAGGAGUUACCUGGAGGCGGAUGAUGUCCCAGAGCCGCUCUGCCACCAUCUCUUCGCCUCUUUCCAGAGCGGGGCCACGGCGCUGGGCAGCCAGGCGGGCAGCGACCUCGUCUGCAUUAAUGACGUCUCCUGCUACUUCUCGCUGCUGGAGGGGGGACGCCCCGAGGACAAGCUGGAGUUCACUUUCAAGCUGUACGACAAGGACGGGAACGGGCUCCUGGACAGCUCGGAGGUGGACCGGAUCAUCACCCAGAUGAUGCGGGUGGCCCAGUACCUGGACUGGGACGUCACAGAGCUGAAACCGAUCCUGCAGGAGAUGAUGCGGGAGAUCGACUACGAUGGCAGCGGGACGGUGUCGCUGGCCGAGUGGCUGCGUGGGGGGGUCACCAACAUCCCGCUGCUGGUGCUGCUGGGGCUGGAGGGGCACAUGAAGGAUGAUGGGCAGCACAUGUGGCGCCUGAAGCACUUCAACCGGCCCGUGUACUGCAACGUGUGCGAGACGCUGCUGGUGGGGCUGCGCAAGCAGGGGCUAUGCUGCACCGUGUGCAGGUUCACGGUGCACGAGCGCUGCGCGCGCCGCGCGCCCCCCAGCUGCGUCAGCACGUACGCCAAAUCCCGCCGCGAGGCCGGGGUCCAGGCCCAUGUCUGGGUGAAGGGCGGCUGCGAGGCUGGCAAGUGCGGGACGUGCCAGAAGAAGAUCAAGAGCUUCCAGAGCCUGACGGGGCUGCACUGCGUCUGGUGCCACCUGAAGAUCCACGAGGAGUGCCUGCCCCUCGUGCCCCCCGCCUGCGACUGCGGGGUCCUGCGGGACCACAUCCUGCCCCCCGCUGCCAUCUACCCCGUCCUGCUGGAGAGGCAGGACAGCCAGCGGGAUGGCGGCGGGACGCCGGCAGAGGAGAUGCCGCAGGUCUUCACCACCCCCGAGGGGCAGGCGCUGCGGGUCAGCCCCAUGCCCGACACCCACCCGCUCCUCGUCUUCGUCAACCCCAAGAGCGGAGGGAAGCAGGGGGAGAGGGUGCUGCGGAAGUUCCAGUAUCUGCUCAACCCCCGGCAGGUUUAUAACCUGCAGCAGGGAGGACCCACCCCCGGGCUUAAUUUCUUCCGGGACGUGCCAGAUUUUCGGAUCUUGGUGUGUGGCGGCGACGGCACCGUGGGCUGGAUCCUGGAUGCCAUUGAUAAAGCCAACCUGCCCCACCAGCCCCCCGUGGCCGUGCUGCCGCUGGGGACCGGCAACGACCUGGCCCGCUGCCUGCGCUGGGGGGGAGGGUACACGGGGGAGGACCUGGUGAAGAUCCUGCGGGAGAUGGAGGGCGGCAGCCUGGUGCAGAUGGACCGGUGGCGGCUGGAGGUGCUGCCCGAGGACCCGGCAGCCGCGGGGGACCCGGUGCCCUACGAGAUCAUCAACAACUAUUUCUCCAUCGGGGUGGAUGCCUCCAUCGCCCACCGCUUCCACGUCAUGCGGGAGAAGUACCCGGAGAAGUUCAACAGCAGGAUGAAGAACAAGCUGUGGUACCUCGAGUUCGCCACCUCCGAGAGCAUCUUCGCCACCUGCAAGAAGCUCAAGGAGUGUCUGAGCGUGGAGUGCUGUGGGACCCCCCUGGACCUGAGCGGGGCCCUGGAGGGUCUGGCGGUGCUGAACAUCCCCAGCAUGCAUGGAGGCUCCAACCUUUGGGGUGAGACCAAGCGGGCGCUGGGGGAGGCGAGGAGACCCCCGGGGGCUGGGCCCCCCCCAGCCAUCACCGACGCCGAGACCCUCAAGACCUGCGUGCAGGACCUGAGCGACCGGCGGCUGGAGGUGGUGGGGCUGGAGGGGGUCCUGGAGAUGGGGCAGAUCUACACGGGGCUGAAGAGCGCGGGCAAGCGGCUGGCGACCUGCUCCGAGAUCACCCUGCGGACGCUGAAGCCCCUGCCCAUGCAGAUCGAUGGGGAGCCCUGGAUGCAGCCGCCCUGCACGAUCAAGAUCACCCACAAGAAUCAGAUGCCGAUGCUCAUGGCCGCGCCGCCCCGCUCCUCCAGCUUCUUCGGCCUCAAGAAGGGGCCCCCCGAGUCCUGAGGGGCCCGGGAGGGGGGGAAGAACCCCCCCCAAACUGUGCCCAGGCAGGGGACAAGGACCAAACCCCCCUCACGCGUGUGUCCCCAGCAGGGGUAGGUGGCAGCUGUGCCCCCCUCCCCUGCACCCAGGGGUGCUUGGAGCCCACGGGUGUCAUGCCAGGGUGGUGGGGGGCUGCGUGCGGCCCCCCCUGUGUGUGCCACAGUGGCUGGAGCCCCCCCCACCCUAUUUAUUAUCCUCCCUCCCCUCAAUUUCAAGUGCCUCUUGCAGUAAUAAAGCUGGUGGUGAGACAGGCA